AACGAGCCAUCUUUGUUCCCCUAAUCCGAGCAUCUAUUUUUUAUGUGUACAUAGUGACAGGAGCGAGUAGCGGUAGAGCGCCCUUAUUAUAAAAGGAAUAAUAGCGAGGCGCGGCACAUCGGCGGAAGGAAAUAAAUACAAACCUUAAAAAUAUACAAGGAAUACCUCUUUGCUGGAAUAACCUGGAGAGUGCAUUAUUUAUCCCGGAGACGGGGAGAAACGCCUGAAGCAGCGCGUUCAUCCGCACACUUCUUGUAGACGCACAUAAAACCAGGUUUAAAAUGUCUGCCCCAGCCCCUGCCGGAGCCCCUGCUGCAGAAGGAGGUAACCAGCCUCCCCCUAACCUCACCAGCAACCGUCGCUUACAGCAGACACAGGCUCAGGUGGAUGAGGUGGUGGACAUUAUGCGUGUGAACGUGGACAAGGUUCUGGAGAGGGACCAGAAGCUGUCAGAACUGGAUGAUCGGGCUGAUGCCCUGCAGGCUGGAGCCUCACAGUUCGAGACCAGUGCCGCCAAGCUCAAGAAUAAAUACUGGUGGAAGAACGCCAAGAUGAUGAUUAUCCUGGGGGUGAUAUGUGUGAUUGUCCUCAUCAUAAUCAUUGUGUACUUCAGCACCUAAAGCGCAAUGUUCCUACCCCACUCUGAGCUCACGAACGCCCAAUUCCAAGCCACAGAGAAAUCCCUCCCAAAAAAAGAUGAGAAAAACGACUCCUCACAACAAUCAAAUUAUUUGCCCUCAAAGAGUCUAAAUCCGCCCCUUCCUGAGCCCUCUUGCCCCCUGCCUCCACUGCCUCACAGCUGGGCCCCUGUCACUCCUCGUUCGUCCUGUCCGUGAGUGUGUGGCCAUGUGUCCUCUGUAAAUACCUCCGGCUUUUCUGAAAUACUGUUCAUACUCGAAACUCCUGAUUACUUGUGGCAAUGACAACCGAUAAAAAAAGAAAUUACAACCCUUAAAAUACGAUAAGAUUAUACAGUAUAUAUUCCAAAUGUUCUUUGUAGAGUUUUAUUCUGAUAUAAUGGUUUUUUGUAGUUUGUGUGUGAGUGUGCAUUUGUAUAUUUUUUUAAGUUUUGUAAGACUUAUUUUGCUUCAGGUUUAAACUACUGCCUCUUAAACUGGAUGUUUGUAUCUUGCACGCUCUAUUACACUCUUUCUUGCUCACUGAGUAUUGGUGUAUUUUUGCACAAGCGAUAGACUCCCUUAACCGAGGCACUAAAUCAAUAUCCCCAAAUUUUCCCUUUGUCACAUCCACUCUAUCUCAGACCUACACGUUGCCCUCAACCCCCUUUCUUUCUUCCUUUCUUUCUUUCUUUCGAUCUUUCUUUCUUACCAACUGUACCUACUCUAUUAGUGAACUGCCACAACAAACUGGACCAAUGACUGUAGAUGUUUAUCUUAAUUUGAUGUCUUUAGUGUCUUAUCUCUUAAACAUUCCUUAAUAGCAGUGUAGAAUUAUGCUGUCUAUCAAACAGAGUAAGUGUAUUUAUCUUAAAGAAUUCCAAAACAGGUCUUAAACAACCACAAGUACUUGUAACGCAGUCAAACUAUGUUUUGACAUGGAUGGCGAAGUAAUUAAUCGCACAAAAAAAAAAAAUCACAUAGUUCAAUUGCGCUGUAAGUGAUACGAAACAAAACGAAAAACUGCCUGAUUCAUUCUGCUGGUAAAGAUUUUCAAGGCCAGAGAGUCUCCAUACAAAGUGUGGGGGUGGGACUGAUUGAAAAGGGGAAAUAGUAUCAUGCACAAAAAGCUUGUUUUCGAUGUCGCUUUUUAACUGAUUAGACUGCAGGUCCGACUGGGAGAGAACCAUACGCUGUUACUUCCUCGCAGCAGAACUACUGCCAAACCGAUGCACGAGUUCAUCUGUCUGAAAGCACACAGGUUGAUUUUACCACUUCAGCGUGAGCUAGUUUCAACAGCUGUGGUUCUCUCUCUUAUAUCUAGAUACUGCCUUUUUAUUUAGCCUUUUAAUUUUAGAAAUAGAUUUGUAAAUUAUAUUUUUGCGUGUGAAGCAGGCAGGAAAGGGACCAAGUUGUUUCAGGACUUGACGCUGCUGCCGUGUGCACAGCGAGCACCUUUGUGUCCCUCGCUAUUAUCCACCUCUCUGUGUGCCUGUUUGUUGAGUUCAGCUGUAGUUUACACACUGCCAAGCACCUGAGGGGGACGUUUUUUUUCUUUUUGUGUUUUUUUUUUUUCACCGUGCCCUUCCCGGUUUGCUCUCGCUCCAUCAGCAUCACCCUUCAGUCUCAUCUGCCCAAUCUGUCGACAAAAGGCAAGCCAGGCGUGAAGUGUGUGUCUGCACGUGAACACCUCCCCCCCCACCAUCUUGUUUCCCAGUUAGCGCCAUUAGCGUUCCUCCUUUCACACUUUGAUUCUGCCUCUAGCUGCCCGUCGAGUUUGUGUGUGUGGAGUAUUUCGGCUUCAUCCUGACAGAUUAGGCUGCUUAGACCUCUGCAGGUAAAGAAAGGCUGUUCCCAUAGCAACUUAGGGGGGACGGCAUAGAUUAGCUGAUUGAUUGUGACAGGAGGCGGAGCCACUGGUUUGAGGGGGUGGGGCUAGAGAAAUUAUUCCACUGGUGUGUUUUUACAUUUCGUGGUAAUCAUCUGCAUGGAAAAGCCUGAUGAUUAGAGUAGAAUUAUAUAUAAUAUUUAACGUUUCUGAUCAAACAAACUGCUUGUUUCAUUUUCAUUUCAUUCAUUUUUCUUCUUUAAAAGGAGAUAGCCUUAGUUCAUUUCAAUUUUUUCAUUUCUGCAUGCUCAUUCACUCCUUUGUCCCACUCACGUUGAGAUAUUUUAAUGAAAAAUGACCAAAGACCAUAUUAUAUCUCGCUUAUACUGCCAACUGCCAUCAAAAACAGGUUAAGAGACAGGAUUUCCCCAGAUCUCUGGUUUUUAAAAGCCUCAUCCAGCAAAAGUAAUCAAGAAAUCCCCUAUCUCUCUGCAUAUUUUUCAGGUCUGUGUUUAUUUUACUUGAAUAUUUAGUAUUGAUAAACACGUGGCAGUGAUUGCUAAAAGGAUAAGGAAUUUGAAACCACAAUCCGAUGGAGAAAUCCCUAGGCCUGAUAUCUGAAACAGUGAUAGCACAACUUCUCCUUUAGGUCUGUAUAUGUAAUGCUGAGUAUGAAAAAUGAAACUAUUUCUUUGUAGCUGUUUAAGAAGAAAAAAGACAAAAAAAAAAAAAAAAAAUCUGUAUCGUUUCGUGUUGUAGUGUGGGCUUCAUCUGGGGGAAGGGGGUUCUUUUUUUAGAUUUUACAUUUAAGGCAUAAACAAUCUGGAAUUAGAAUAAGAUGUUGAUAAUAUUAAAAUAGAGAAUCUCUAUAUUAUAUUAGGGCAAAUAUAAUGAUUUUUCUCCCGGGGGUUGUAAACAUUUUAAAGGGAUCUGUAACUAAUAAACAACAAGCAUUGGGGUAGGACUCAAACAUGACAAAUUAAUCAAAGCGUUUGAAAACACAAAUUUAAAGGAUUCUAAUAGGAGACUACUACAAAUAAUGUAUGUGCUAUUCUGUUUUUCUUUGUGUGAGUGUAUGAAGACAUUUUCUUUUGUCUUGGCACCUACUCUAUGUUUUGUUCAAAACCGUGUGGGUUGAGAGAGAUGGUGGGAGUAGUUUUGUCACACCAGCCUGUUAAAGAUGCUGUGUCUUCUUUUUAUUGGGAGGGAACCAAUGAAGACGCAGAACUUUACUGGACAGUGAUUUCUCCAUUACUCACAUCAUGCAGUUGUUAGUCUUCAGUUACUUACUUUAUUUUAAGCAGAAAUUAGUUAAGGCUUCACAGUGGUGCUCUUUGGCACAGCUUCAUUGUGCUUAGUCAGGAGAGGGUGAUUUUUUUUCUAUUAUUUAAGUUUAAAUACAAGAACAGUGACCUAAGAUAUCAGAGUAAUACUGGAAAUUGAACCCUGCCUUAUUAUAGGUUAGCGUGUCAAGAGUUUUUCAGAAAGCUUGUACAGACUGAAAUAUCAACUUUAAUCGGUUGCUAUUAGUUGAUGUUUUAAAUGAAAAGUUAUGGAGUUUUACAAGAGUUUAAAUCAUUUUUGAAGGUUUUUGGGACUGAAUAAAAACUGCAUAAAGCAGAAUUCAAAGGGGUCGAUUCCAUAGAGCUUCGUGGAGGUCUAGAAACGCAUUGAACCAAGAGCCAAGUUGCUGUAUUGAUAACAAUUUGUGUUUCAUUUGUUUAUUUAUUUGAUUUAUGGAGGUUUGUUUGGGGAGGAAAGGUUUAAGAUUAGUAUUAACCCUUUUUGUCUGGCCUCUUUGGAGGGACUAGGCCGGAGGAUCAUGGGUAAUGCGAUCUUCACAAUCUUAUUUUAUGUUGUUAUAUAUAUAUUUUUUUUAAUUUAUUUGUGUCAUAAGUUAUAGUGGACUGCAUAUUAAACAGAACGAAGUACAUUGUAACAGGAAACCAUUUGGUAACCAGACAUACAUGAAUUCAAUUGUAGAGUAAAUCUGUUAAUGUCUAUUAUAUGGAUGAACAUCUUGGGAAAAUAUAUAUAUAAAUAUACAUAUAUAUAUUGCAAAAAAUGACAGUUAUGAUGACCUGUGUUUAUUGUUCCAAGUUAGAAAUUAAAAUGUGUGUGUGUUUGAAAACAAUGACAACAUAAAAAAAUAAAUAUAUAAUAAAAGUG